AUGCUUACCCAGGUUUCAGCACUCUUGGCAUGUGACAGACUUCUUACCCAGGUUUCAGCACUCUUAGCAUGUGACAGACUUCUUACCCAGGUUUCAGCAUCUCUGGCAUGUGACCGAAUGCAUACCCAGGUUUCAGCACCCCCUGGCAUGUGUCAGAAUUCAUACCCAGGUUUCAGCACCCCCUGGCAUCACCCUCUGGCAUGUGACCGAAUACAUACCCAGGUUUCAGCAUCUCUGGCAUGUGACCGAAUACAUACCCAGGUUUCAGCACCCCUAGCAUGUGACAGAAUGCUUACACAGGUUUCAGCACCCGUGCGUUGUGACAGAAUGCUUACCCAGGUUUCAGCACCCCUGGCAUGUGACAGAAUGCUUACACAGGUUUCAGCACCCGUGGGUUGUGACAGACUUCUUACCCAGGUUUCAGCACCCCUGGCAUGUGACAGAAUGCUUACCCAGGUUUCAGCACCCGUGGGUUGUGACAGAAUGCUCACCCAUGUUUCCGCCACCCCUGGCAUCUGA